AAUGGAGUCCAACAGUCGGCCACCGAUCGGUGGCGGGCCGGAGUCGUACGAGCGCAACACCAUCUCGACCAACACAUUCCAGAUCUGGGAAACGACCGUCCGGCUGGCACAGAUUCAAACGCUUAUCGACAAGGUCUGCCUGGCGACCUGUCCGGACGAGGCGAUGAUCUGCUUCCUGCAGGAGAGCGACGGCCAAUCGAUGCUGGACAUCAUCUCCGACGAUGAAGAGGAGGACGACAGCGAACCGCAACAGCUGCGCGGCAAGAACAGCCUCAAGCGCAUGAUACAGGACAUGUACACGCGGCCCCAGAUGAUCGGCACGGUCAAGAUGAUCCUGUACCACUGCCUCACGACGCUGGCGGAAAAGCUGACCCAGGACAUCAAGUUUCGGUCGGAGAAUGCCGAAUUCUUCGACGAUCUCGAGCUGGUGCUGAGCCGCAUGACGGACGAGGCGGCCGAAAGUACCAAGCGCGAAAUCAUGCAGUACUUGUCGAUAGCGAAGAAGCGGCUCGCCAAACGGAAACGGGUGCGCGAUCAGCACCAGCAACACCAGGAACAACGACAACAGCAGCAGCAGCAGCAGCAGCAGCAACAACAAGCGCACCAGGAAUCUUCGUCGUCGUCAUCUUCUUCUUCCUCUUCCUUCUCGUCCUCAUCCUCGACUAGCUCGCCCACGCCGGACAGUAGAAUGUUUCCACCCCAUGGUAAGGGGCCAAUUUCAUCGCGACGCUUACCUAGAACAGGCCGCGGAAAAACGCCGGUUCUGGCGUCUUGCGUCGCGAUGGAAUACAACAACACCUACAACAAACCGUACUGUGGCAUAUCGCAGCCGAGCAUACCACCAGCAGCAGCAGCAGCAGCAGUCCCAGGCAGCUCCGGGUUCUUCCCGUCCAAUGACACCGCACCGUCACCGUUCCUUAAAGUGCCCAAUCCACCGUACAUCAAGCAGGAGACGGUCCCGGUGGGCGGAGAAUCGGUUAUUCCGGGUGGAACGGUAACACCGCCCGUCAACUACAGCCAGGAUCAUCAUCAUUAUGGCACGGCGGGGAGUUACGGCGAACCGGGCGAUGUGGAGAAGCCUCCCCUGUUCUAUCGCAAAGCGUUUGACAUGCCGUACAUGGCGACACCGUACGUGCAGUCCCAUCUUGCGCAACAAUUUCCUCAACAUCUUCCGUCACAUCCUAACCAACUGCCGCCUCACCAGCACCAUGCAGUACACAGUCAGCCGGUUCCUCAUUUCCAACACCAGCAGCAGCAGCAGCUCCUCCACCACCACCAACAGCCACUUGCGCCACUACCAACGAUCGUGCCAUCCGAUAUGCAUUCACCACAGCAACUUGGACCGGAGCAGUUACAGCGAGCCCAGCCGCAGCAACAGCACCAACAGCAACAGCAUCCGUCGAGCUUCCACGACUACUUUGACCACCUGGAUCCUUCCUCCCUGGAACCGUAUGCGUACGUGCUUCAAAAGCCCGCUCCGCCGGCUCCACCAAUCCAGCCCAGUGAAACUGGUUCCCCGCUGCCUGCCUCAUACCCGACCGCCUCGCCAGUUGCUCCACCAGCAGCAACACCUUCCCCGUACACCCUGCUGUGUGAGCCGCCGGACAGCAGCAGGGUACGCUUCAAGUGUGAAACCUGUCCGAAAUCGUUCGACACGAAGCAGAAGCUGGAAAAGCACAACCGCACCCAUCAGCCGAACGGCGGGGGUGCGGCCGGGCUCGAGUUUAAAUGCCGCAUGUGCGACAAAACGUUCCGCACGAAGAGUACGCUCAUCUGCCACGAGAAGGUGCACGGCGAGAGUGGCCUAGGCAGCAGCUGCUCCUGCGUCGAGUGCGGCAAGGUGUUUGCGACGGAGGAAAAGCUACAGGUGCACCGGCGGCUGCACACGGGCGAAAAACCGUACCAGUGCAAGGUGUGCCUGAAAUGCUUCAACCACCAAUCGAACCUGAUCGUGCACGCGCGCAUCCAUGACAUGGUGAAGCAGGCGCUCAAGUGUGCCCGGUGCAGCAAGGUGCUGGACAGCGAGGAGCGGCUCGCCGUCCAUAUGCGGCUGCACACGGGCGAAAAGCCGUACAAGUGUUCGUACUGCGACAAGCGCUUCAAUCACAAGAGCACGGUCAGCACGCACGAGAAGGCGGCCCACAUUGCGGCCAACUCGUACCGGUGUGGCCGCUGCCACAAGACGUUCAACCAGAAGUGCCAGCUGCAGUACCACGAGAAGCUGCAGGAGGAGCACACGAUCGCGUGCGAGCACUGCGAGAAGGUGUUUUGCUACAAGGCGAGCCACAAGGAGCACCUGUUUAAGGUGCACUUCCCGCGGCCGAAAAAGAAAGCGCAGCGGAAGGGAGGAAGUCUGCGGGAAGGAGAUGAACAGCAGCAGCAGGAAUCGGGCACUGGCGGUGCAAUGGCUGGAAGCAACGAUGGGGGUAAUCAGGGCCGCAACAAGUUCAAAUGUACCGUGUGCGAUCGUCGGUUUUACUACGAGCGGGCGCUCGAGAUGCAUAUGGGCGUGCACGAUGCAUCGCUGGAUGUGAACGUGCUGUACUUUUCCUGCGACUACUGUCCGGAAACGUUCACCGAGGAGGAGACGCUGCAGCAGCACGAGGCCCGCCACGUGGCCGACGGGACGACCGAUUUCCGCGCAAAUAUGAAACGGGCCGAGGAAGAGGGAAACGCCACCACCGGGCACAGGUGUCCGCUGUGCUUUAAGCAGUUUGAGGAUGAACCAUCCUUACGCGAACAUCACCGUUCGCACCUGUGCCCAUUUCCCGACUGUGCGCGGUGCGACCCAGUACGGCGCGAUGAUGCGUUCGACCUGACGCGCAGUACGUACGAUCCGGCGGACGAUACGCAACCGACGGUGUGUAACGUGUGCCAUCGCGUACUGCCAACGUUCGAGGCGUACCAGAACCACUUCCACUACCAUACGUCGCGCGUCCCGUUCUACUGCUACCACUGCCGGGAGGAGUUUAACGACAAGCGGGAGCUGUACAACCACACGCGGACGCAUGCGCCGCGCGCACCCGAAUCGUACACGUGCGAGGUGUGCGCGAAGGUGUUCUCGACCAAGGGGAACUUUAAGCGGCAUCUCAAAUCUCACGAAGCGGUCCGGGCGUUCGCGUGCGAUCGCUGCUCGAAGCAGUACGACUACAAGAGUGCGCUCGAGGUGCAUCUGAAGCGUUCGCACGGUAUUGAGCUGUGAUGCCGAGGUGUAACGACGGGUGUGAGGAGAUUGUGUCUUCCUGUUUCGUCAAAGUGAAACCAGAAGGGGGAGGAGGGGAAAAGGAAUUAAUAUUUUGCCUGAUUGCGAUUGAUCGAUGACGGGGGGGCUUUUAUUAUUAUUAUUAUUAUUAUUAUUUUAAUAAAACCGGCGCUUCAUCCUCCCGACCGGGGACGGACAAUA